AUGCCCGUGUCCAGCACUGUCGCCUACAUUCUUGCCUCCCUGACCGCCGGUGGUGGAACCAUGGGUUAUGUCAGAACUGGCUCUGUUCCAUCCAUCGCUGCAGGUGUCUCCGUCGGCGCCUUGUACGCACUGGGAGGUUACCGCAUCUCUAACCGCCAACCCUACGGUAUUGAGUUGGCUCUGUUGGCCAGUGUUGUUCUUGCCGGAAGCAGUGUCCCAAGAGCCAUCAAGUCCGGAAAGCCCCUUCCCAUUGGCCUGAGUCUUCUUGCUGCCUACGGUCUCUACAGCUUCGGCUCUGCCUGGUCUUCCAGAGUUCGUUAA